AUGGCCGCUGCUCGGUGCUCUUCCCUUGUUCUCAUGCUGCUACUGUCCUGCUGCAGCGCCGCGUCCGCCGCCGCGGAUGAGAAGCUGAACCACCUCCACUUCUACUUCCACGAGGUCGUCGCCGGCGCGCCUAACGCCACCGUCGUCAAAGUCGUCAGCCUGCACAAGGGCGCGCCGGCGUUCGGGGACGUGAACGUCUUCGACAACGUGCUGCGUGAAGGCCCGGACCCCGCGUCGCGGCUCAUCGGCAGGGUGCAAGGCUUUGGGGUGAACGCGUCGCUGGACGGCUCCAGCAUAUUCUCGGCCUUCGACUUUGUCUUCUCCGGCGACUACGGGGAGUACAGCGGCAGCACGCUGACGGCGCAGGGCCAGUACGAUCCUACGGGGGGACCCUCGGAGCGCAGCAUCGUGGGCGGCACCGGCAAGCUCCGGUUCGCGCGAGGGUACAUGAAGAGCAGGCUGGUGAGCUCCACCAACACCACCAUCGUCGUCGUCUUCGACAUGCAUGUGCUCAACGGCACGGAUCAAGAUUGGCCGCAGUCGAACAGCUGCCCGGGGCUGGAACCGGGGCUCUACCGCCAGCAAGGUUGCGGACGGGGCGAGCGAGUCAGGCGAUGCUCCGCAGGCAUCACGCAGGCGAACGGGCCUGACAACGCAGCGCCGCCGAGCGGGGCGAAACCCAGUGGAGGUCCAUCUUUGGUGAUCCUAUGCAGGAGCCUCACCACGGCCGAGGUAGAGCGCGAUAUCCCGCCUCUGGGGACGUCGCGACGGCUGAGCUGGAAAAAGCCCGACGGAGGCGGCGUGAUGCGGUGCGGCACUACCGAGCGCCGAGCGGGGCAGGACAUGGCCGAGGCGGAGCGGGCUGGCCGCUGCAGUUUCUGGUGGCAGAGGAACGGACUGUGCGUUGCGGUAGAGGAAUGGAUAGUGGAAAGGAGAAACGGGCAGUCGAAAGAAGAGGAGUGA